CAAUCAGACAAAGUUUAAUUAACUAGCUGAGCUGGAUUUCUUGUUAGGUCUGGAAAACUAGCUCUUUAACACUGCAGCUGUCAUCAAAAUAGAAAUAGUUUGACUUUAGCACCUGAGGCAAUCACAAGUUAAGUCUGCAUGGCAACGCAACUACUUCUACACAGCCCUAGCCGUCAAGUUGAAAGCAGUGGUGUACCAAGCUAUUUUCUGCAACCAGUAUUUCUCAGUUCAAGCAGUGAGAUGUUUCGAUCAGUUCCCCCUAGAGCUCCACGCAGUGCUAGUACGAGUGGUAAUUCCAUGGUCUGUGUGGACUGUUUCCAAGCCAAGGGCGAGAAUGAACUAAGGAUCCCUUGUCAGAACCCUAACUGUCACUUUUACCUGCAAGCCCCGGGAGCCAGCAAGAUGAGCAUUCCUCCAGCCCACAGAAGUACUUCUAUCUCUGAAGCAAGCUUCAAUCCAUGGUCUCCAUUCACUGGAGGAUAUGAUCAGCAACAAGCAGACAGCAACCCACCCCAUUAUACGAUUCCUGCUACACCUCAUGCAUCCUCCUUGUGGGCCUACCCUGCGUCAAGCAUGCUGUCAAAGAAGUCUAUUCAGAAGCAGCGAACUCAGUCUGUCUGUUUCGAGAACGAACGUGAGAAGAUCAAGUCGGGUCGUUACCUCCGAUCGAGGCUCAUGUCUCUUCCCAUGUCAGAAGUCCUGGAGCAAGUGGAAACCAGCGAUAUGGUGGAGGAUGCGUUUGUGUCUACUCCACUGUUUAGAGGAGAAGAGGGAAAGCUGCAGCGGCUCACUCCAGACACAGACAAAGACAGUGGUACCUGUAGUCCAUACGGAAUACUGGACUGGGCUGACCCACACAAAACUCGACUGCCCAUCGUAGACUGUACUGUGCCGGAUGCAACCUGUUUCGAUAUGGGGUUACUCAAAGCUGAGCUCUGCUCCACUUCAGGUUGUAAGCAACCCCCUCCUCCUUCUAGUGGCAGUACUGGUUCACCCACUACCACUGACUCUCUCAGACAGUUCCUGUUAGCUGGUCAAUUCACUAGCCUCCUAAACUGCAAUGACACAUACUCUCGCAAGGUCUUUGUUGGUGGGCUACCUCCUGACCUGGAUGAUGAAGACAUCAAGAGCAUCUUUGCUCGUUUUGGGUCUCUCUCCGUGGACUGGCCACAUAAACUACACACCAAAUCCUGUGUGCCCCCUAGAGGGUACGCUUUCCUUCUGUUUAAAGAUGAGUCUUCAGUACACAAGCUCCUUCUCUCCUGCUCCUCUGAGAGCAACAAGUACUUCAUCUACAUUCCCACCAACACAAUGACCAAGAAGAAGGUUCAGAUCAGGCCGUGGUGUUUGUCGGAUAGUCUCUGUAUCAAGGAGCCCCCUGAGAAUCUCGACCUUCGCAAGGCUGUGUUUGUGGGCGGAGUCCCUCGACCUCUCAAAGCUGUUGAACUGGCUCAGAUCAUGAGGGACAAGUAUGGUAGCGUUGUGCUGGUAGCCAUUGACUGUGACACUGACCUCAAAUAUCCUAAAGGUGCUGCCUGUGUUGUGUUCUCCUCUCAUGCCAGCUACAUAGCAGCUGUGUCUGCCCGGUUCGUGCAGCUCAAUUAUGCCAGCAUGGACAAAAAGAUUGAGAUCAAACCAUACGUUCUGGAGGGCCAGAUGUGCGAUGAGUGCCACGGUGUGCAAUGUAACAAAAAGCCUGCUCCUUUCUACUGUGCCAGUCUAAACUGCUUGCAGUAUUACUGUGAAUACUGCUGGGCCACCAUCCACUCCAUGCCGGGAAAACAGAAUCACCGACCAUUGCAGAAAGACAUUCGUAACAAAACUCCUUUUUGCUGAGAAUGUAUAUCACAGCAAUAUUUUGGCUGGUAUUUAUUGUUGUGUUAAACUCAGUGUUUGGAACGUCAUCACUUUUGGUUUUAUAUUUAUAUUGAUUUCGAUUCAUCUUCUCACUUAUUUUUUGCGGACUCUUGUAUCAUGAUCGCUCAUUGUGUUUGUAACUCAUUUAGUUUCUACAGUCCAACUUUGUAUGAUGUUUUGUACUUGCUUACAUGUUGUUACCAUGACUAGUAUAAUAUUGUAGUUAUUGACAGCUUCCUA